AAGAAAUAAAGAAAACAAAGGCCAAUAACGUACUGGUGAAUGUGCUGAUUAUAUGAAGGCAUUGCAUAGCGUAGCAGACAGAGAAUCAAUAUAAUGGAAGGAUCAGGAGGUAGAGGAGAAGUUAGAAGACUUCACAUUGUCUACUUUCUCAGCCGCAUGGGUCAUAUCGAACACCCCCAUCUCAUUCGUCUCCACCAUUUCAAUCCAACUGGUGUUUAUCUCCGAGAUGUGAAGAGGUGGCUUGGGGAGUUGAGAGGAAAAGAAAUGGCGGAAAACUUUGCUUGGGCCUAUAAGAGGAGGUACAAGAAUGGAUAUGUUUGGCAAGAUUUGCUUGACGAUGAUCUAAUUACUCCAAUCUCCGAUAAUGAAUACGUUCUCAAGGAUCCCAAAUUACUCUCUCCACCCAUCUCAUAUCAUGUUACAUUAAUUUCAUUUCAUGCAGUACCCAGAACAUCCCAACCCCAACCACAACCACCCACAAAACCAUCCUCCCAAAUCCAUAAAGAAUCCCCUGUUUUCGUCUCCGACAGAUCCACGAUCACAGACGAUUCCAUCAAGCAGGAAGAAGAAGAAGAAGAAGAAAUGAAUGAUGGGAAGAAGGAUGAGUUGUGUAAUUCCCAGCGCUUGGAGACUGAUCCAGUGUAUUCGAAAAGCAAGAGCUGUUCAAGCGGAGCUUCCCAAAUGUUUCGGAAUUUGAUUCAUUGCGGUGGUGUUGAGACUGAGGAAUCAGUACUGGUGAAACUGAGAAGGAAGGAUGAUAAGCCAGAGUUUUGCGGGGGAGGAGAGGGAGAAUUAGGAGGGUCCAGCUGGGUAGUUGGGAAUCCUUUGAAUCAACAAGAAUUAGAUCAAAAACAUAAACACAAUCACAAUCACAAUGCUGGAAAAAGCAGUGAUUCAAAGAAUAAGAAGAAGCCGUUGGCCGCCGCGUACAAGCCGACAGCCACCCCUGCUUGCUCGCAAUGUGGGAAGUCUUUCAAGCCAGAGAAAAUGCACUCUCACAUGAAAUCCUGUAGAGGAAUGAAAGCCUUAGACAAAACUGGUGCCAUGACUUGCCUUCCAGCUAUUUCAUAACCAGCUGAAUCACAGACAGUUUCUAUUCAUCAAUCAUGUGUAAAAAUGAUUUUUUUU